AACACACAUUCUACUCAGCAAGCUAGCUUCUAAUAACACUUGUAAGCUAUAGCUAGCUGAUAGAAUGGCGCCAUCCAAGCUUGUCCUGUUCCUCGCCCUGACAGUCCUCGCCUUCGCGGCGGACGUGCAUGGCUGCGCGCCGUACUGUCCUACCCCUACGCCGCCAGUCGUCCCCACCCCACCAGUCGUGCCGACGCCGUCCGGUGGUGGAUCUUGCCCGAUCAACGCGCUGAAGCUGCAGGUGUGCGCUAACGUUUUGAACCUGCUGAAACUCAACAUCCCCGGGUUGGGGAACGACCAGUGCUGCCCGCUGCUACAGGGGCUUGUUGACCUGGAUGCCGCCGUCUGCCUCUGCACCGCCAUCAAGGCCAACAUCCUCGGCAUCAACCUCAACGUGCCCAUCGACUUGCGCCUCCUCCUCAACCACUGUGGCAAGGUCUGCCCUGCAGACUUCACCUGCCCCCUUUAAGUAACUGGUUGAUGAAACAUACGAUACGUCCACCCAUCAUCUGAUCAUCAUCCAUACAGUACUGCCUCUCUCCUUGUACCGCACCUUUGUUGCAAGUUUGUGUUGGUUUGCAUAUGCAUGCAUAUGGUCUCUUUCUCUUCGGGUCCGGGUUACCGCUCGGGUGAGCUCAUGGCAUGCAAACUGUACGUUGUUCUCGUUCAUACAAACCUAUGUCUGUAACUUCAAAUAUGUGAAAUAAAAGUCUAUACAAGUUGUGCCCACUCGAGGUGUAACA